ACUAUUAAGGCCAGGGCAUCAAUCCCCCCUUCAACAGUUUUAGGGAAGUUUAUGGAACUCCUUAGGAAUUUGACAACCAGUGCCAGGGGGGUCAGGUGACAUUUAUCAACGUCUCCCAGGAGUGGAGAGUCUGUCUUUAUAGAGGCAAGCAGAACCUUCAAGAGGGAGUUUGUGCCUGGACCCAAGAAGAGGGUGACACAACCAUGCCUGAACCAGCAAAACCGGCCAUUAAAAAGGGACCUGGACCUGCAAAACCAGCGGCGAAACCGGCAGCCAAAGAGGUCCCAAAAGAGGCGCCAAAAGACGUCCAAGAUGGAGAAUUGCCACCAGAUGACACGAAUCCUGAAGAUCGUGCUCCUGAACUGACAGGCUUAUUUCUGAAGGCACCAGAAAACAUCUCUGUGGAAGCUGGAAAAGAUAUUCUGCUUAGUGCAAGUGUUGAUGCCAGUCAGCUGACAGUGAAGCCAUCAAUUAAAUGGUUUAAAGGCAAAUGGCUGGAGCUGGGAAGCAAAAGUGGGACUCGUUUCCAAUUUAAGGAAACUGUGGAGAAAGAAAAGAAGAUAUACAAUUUUGAACUGAAGAUUCUUAAAGUGGUUGUAGCUGACGCUGGCGGAUACAGAUGUGAAGUGACUGCCAAAGACAAGUGUGAUAGCACUUCCUUCAAUAUUGAUGUGGAAUCGGCAAGAGAUGAGGGAAAUAUUUUGCAAUCUUUCAAAAGGACGGGUGAAGCAAAAAAGGAUGAUGAUGCUGGAGAACUUGACUUUAGUGCGCUGCUCAAGAAAAGGGAGGAAAAGAAAAAAGAAGAGGAGCAGCCAGAAGGAAUUCCACCUGAUGUCUGGGAAAUAUUGAAGAAAGCCAAACCAAGCGAGUAUGAAAAAAUUGCCUUUCAAUAUGGUGUCACUGAUCUUAGAGGCAUGCUGAAGCGAUUGAAGAAAGUAAAAGUCGUGAUCAAAAAAAGUGAAGCAUUUGGAAAAAGAUUAGAAUCCUGUUAUUCAGUAGACAAAGGCCACAGGAUUAAAAUGACGGUGGAGGUCACUAACCCUGAUCUUCAAAUUAAGUGGUUUAAGAAUGGGCAAGAGAUACGUCCUAGUGCCAAAUACGUGUUUGAGAAUGUUGGCCUGAAAAGGGUAUUGACCAUCAACAAAUGCACCCUGGCAGAUGAUGCAAACUACGAGUGUGUCAUUGGUGACGAGAAAUGUUACACAGAACUCUUUGUCAAAGAACCUCCUGUUACAAUUGUGAGACCACUUGAAGAUCAACAAGUCUUUGUGGGAGAUAAAAUUGAAUUGGAAGUGGAGGUAUCAGAAGAAGGUGCUCAAGUCAUGUGGAUGAAAGAUGGAGUGGAACUUACUCGUGAGGAAACAUUCAAAUAUCGAUUCAAGAAAGAUGGGAAAAAACACUUUUUGAUCAUUAAUGAUGGCACUAAAGAAGACUCUGGGCGUUAUCAAGUGUUGACCAAUGGUGGCAAAUGUGAAGCUGACCUAAUAGUGGAAGAGAAACAGCUAGAAGUCCUACAGGGCAUUGCUGACCUGACAGUCAAAGCAACAGAACAGGCCGUCUUUAAAUGUGAGGUUUCUGAUGACAAGGUGACUGGGAAAUGGUAUAAGAAUGGAGUGGAGAUCAGACCCAGCAAGCGCUUCACAAUGACUCAUAAGGGCAGGAUCCACAAGUUAGUGAUUGAUGAUGUCAGACCAGAAGAUGAAGCUGAUUACACAUUUGUGCCGGAUGGAUUUGCAUUGACUCUUUCUGCCAAAUUGAACUUCCUUGAGAUCAAAGUUGAAUAUGUUCCACGUCAAGAACCACCCAAAAUCCACCUUGAUUGUUCUGGCGGUGAGCAUGUCAACACCAUUAUCGUUGUGGCUGGAAACAAGUUGCGUUUUGAUGUUCCAAUCACUGGAGAACCGGCACCAGUUGUUACUUGGUUCAAAGGAGAGAAGGAGUUCCUUGAUUCAGACGGACGAGUACAUAUUGAACUUAGAACUGAGUUAAGCAGCUUUGUAAUUGAAGGAGCAGAGAGAUCUGAUGAAGGUUCAUACAAUAUUGUAGUAACGAAUCCUGUUGGAGAGGACAGGGCUACUCUGAUCAUCAAAGUUGUAGAUGUGCCCGACCCCCCAGAGAACGUCCGUAUCACCAGUGUUGGUGAGGACUGGGCUAGCGUUAUUUGGGAGCCCCCCAAAUAUAAUGGUGGAAAGGAGGUAACAGGGUACCUCAUAGAAAGGAAAAAGAAAGGCAGUCAGAGGUGGAUGAAGAUGAAUUUUGAACUCUACACAGACCUGUCAUAUCAGUCAGUAAAAAUGAUUGAAGGCAUCCUGUAUGAAAUUCGAGUCUUUGCUGUCAAUGACAUUGGUAUAUCACAACAGGCUAAUACUUCUAAACCAUUUAUGCCCAUCGCUCCUACAAGUGAACCAUUGCAUCUGAUUGUGGAGGAUGUCACAGACACUACCUGCACUCUGAAGUGGAGACCACCAGAUCGUAUCGGAGCUGGAGGCAUUGAUGGGUAUCUGAUUGAAUACCGCAAAGAGGGAUCAACUGACUGGAUCGCAUCCAACCAAGAGCUGGUAGAAAGAUGUGGAUACACUGUGAAAGAACUUCCUACAGGAGAGAAGAUUGAAUUCCGUGUGCGCUCUGUGAAUAUUGCAGGAAAGAGUGAGCCAGUUCUCCUGUCCCAGCCUGUCACUAUCCGGGAGAUUGUCCAACAACCAAAGAUUCGUUUACCACGACACCUCCGGCAGACAUAUAUUAGAAAAGUCGGAGAGCAAGUGAAUUUGGUUAUCCCCUUCCAGGGAAAACCGAGACCAAAGGUUACAUGGUCAAAAGAGGGCCAGCCAUUGGAUGCAAAGCAAGUCAGUGUCAGAACUUCUGAUGUGGACACCAUCCUCUUCAUCCGAUCCGCUGAACGGGGUCACUCUGGAAAAUAUGGUCUAUCUGUGCAGAUUGAAAAUAUGGAGGAUGCUGCAACAAUAAACAUCAGGAUUGUGGAAAAAGCUGGUCCUCCUCAAGCAGUAAAUGUCAAAGAGGUCUGGGGAUUUAAUGCCCUGGUGGAGUGGCUGCCUCCAAAGGACAAUGGAAAUUCAGAAAUCACUGGGUACACUAUACAAAAAGCCGACAAGAAGACAAUGGAAUGGUUCACUGUAUUUGAGCACAACCGGCAAACAAGAUGCACUAUUUCUGACCUCAUCAUGGGGAAUGAAUACUACUUUAGGGUCUACAGUGAGAACAUUUGUGGUCUGAGUGAGAACGCCACUGUAUCCAAGAACACAGCCAUCAUUCAGAAAACAGGUUUGAUCUAUAAGCCUCUAGACUACAAAGAAAAAGAUACAAACAGUGCUCCAAAGUUCCUUACCCCGCUUAUAGACCGCACUGUAGUGGCUGGGUACAGCACAGCUUUGAAUUGCGCUGUAAGAGGAUAUCCAAAGCCUAGAGUUAUAUGGAUGAAGAAUAAAAUGGAAAUAAGAGAUGACCCUAAAUUCUUAAUGAAGCAUAACCAAGGGGUUCUCACUCUGAAUAUCCGCAAGCCAAGCCCCUUUGAUGGUGGAACCUAUACCUGCAAAGCCAUUAAUGAUCUGGGAGAAGCUGAGGUUGACUGCAAACUGGAAGUCAGAGUUCCUCAAUAAACAUCCCUGUGGAUAACAACAUUGUUUGGACGAGUCUCUCGCUGGUCUUCAACAUCGUAGCCACAAAGAAACACAGAGAACAGUCUCUUCAUCACGCUGCUUAUUUCUAUGUCACUUCUGUUACUGCUGUAUUGUGUAUUGUAGAUGUGGGCACAUAAGUGCUUUAUUAUUAAUAUAGUAACAAGCAGCUCUCCUUCAUACCAAAUCCGCUAAGAUGCCAAACACCAAUGUGCUUCUCUACUACAGACACAGAUUUACAGUUAUUGUGUUGGCUAAUGUGAUUCUUAUUUAAUGUGUUUACAUUUCUUCAUGUUAUAGCAGUAAGACCUUAUACAGUAAAUGCCUUAAUAGUGUAAACAUGUUUGUUUCAUCCAUGGAUGGCUGUGCAUUAUGGGAUAUGUAGUGUGUAGCCAGAUGUGUCAUCGCUUGGAGAGUGUUAAAAUGUAGACAGAAAAUGUACCAGCCUGUCAGCUCCUGUCAUUUUUCAAUCACAGCCUGUAACAUGGCAGUUAGGAGCUGAUUGGUACUUUUCCUCUCUCCAUUUUAUCACUCUCCAAGCGAUGAUGCAUCUAGCCGUCUUGGUUAAUCAAACUUCUGUAAUCCCUGCUUUAUUUGAUUCUGUACUUAGGGCCAAGUUAAUAAAUCUGGAAAUUAGACUUAUUAAUCCAUGGCCCCUCUUUCCUUGUAGCUAUAGUUAUGCACAUGCUGUGAAAUACUGUACUUGUGCCAUUGGUUAUACUGUACCUUCCCUACAUAAUGAAUAGUACUACCCACAUUGUCCCCUAUUUACUGCUAAAAGUAUGGGGCCCAUGUAUCAUGAAAUAUUUGUGGCUUGUUGCCAGAAAAACUCCCAUUUUCACAAGGUAACUGCAAAUAUCUAGUAUUGCCUUACUGUAUGACAGAGAAACUUCAGCAGAUAUCUCCCUCCAUUCCCUACUGUAGCUGUAACUCCCAUAAGUUUCCAAGGGGCUUGCGAUUCUGCCAGAUUUACCAAGCUCUGGAAUGUGAAGCAUUCCUGAGCAUGGCCCCCGCAACUAUCGUUGUAUGAAGAUGGCGUUAGUUUGUUGCAGCCUAUGGAAUACAUUUUGUAAACUUGAACACUCCCCAGUAAUUGGCGAGGUGCAUGCAUCUGCUUCUACACCGUGCACAUAGCAGGGACAGGUGGAGCGCAUGCUGGGGGCCGCCCAUUGCCGGGCAUGCUGACCGGAGCCUCCCCCCGUUGAACAAGCAGAAAUUGCAAACGCAUCGCAAUUUCUGCUUGUUAGAGGAAACUAAGGAAGCCUCCUGCCGGCACAGAUUAGCCGCGCCCACAGGAGGACCAUCAACAUCGUCCCGAUCGUGCAGCUGCGUGUGAUGUCAUGCAUCCACCGUGAUCAAGCCCCUGACACACCCCCAUUUGGCUGCCUCUGCCUCCCGUUCGUGCCACACUGCCCCCGCAACGCUCCCUCACCUCCCUGGAAACGGAGUGUUGACCGCCCACCCCGCGACCGCCUCUGCUUGAUUGACAGGCAGAACAGAGGCAAUCGCAUUUUAUGCCCCCCACAGAAAAUACAUGCGCAGGACGGGCGCUGCACAUGUGCCUGCAUUUUUUUCUCAAUAUUUGCGGUUGGAUUGCUUACUGGGAUCCAACCUGAAUUAGGCCCUAUAUACAGUGUGGCCUGUUCUGAUUCCGGAGUCGUAAUUCUAGUGACUGACCAUCAUUUCAGGAUUAUUCUACUACCAUUUAAACCAUCUGCAGCAUGCAGAGCACAACCAGGGGAUUGGAGCAUCUUCGGUUAAUGCGGGAAUCACAGCACAGGCAGUUGAUUCUCUUCUUUAUAGAGCCUCAUUACACAUUGAAACUGUAUGCUGCAGUGUUACCAAAGUUCUGUCUAUCAAUAAAAGUUCAAACAGG